AUGCAAGGCAUUCUCCAAGAAAUCGCGGCAAACCUCGGCAAGAAAAAGCGCAAGAAGAAGCACAAUGUGGAGAAGGAUGACCAGAAGCCUACCGAGCCGAAAGAGGAGCCAGCUCGCCAGCACAAGGCAGUCAGCAAACAGAGAGCCGAUGAGGUUAUGUCCCUGGGGUCGUCGGACUCAUCAGUUGGGAAGAAGUCGCCCACUUCCAACCAAGAGGAGGAGGACGAGGAUGAGGACCAAGAAGGGGGAGAACCGGAGACGGCGUAUGGGGGAGCUGCGAUCCGAUGUGUCCGAUACUGCUGCCUGCUGCUGCUCUUCCUGUUUCUCGCUGGAGUCAUUGUCGCGAACGUGGCCUACACCGUCUCUCCCAGGAGGUUCUCCAACUUUCUUUGUAGCCUGGGUAUCUUCAAACCGGAUAACCUCACAAACAUGAACCUAUCCCUCAUCGACGAUGGAAGCGAAUUAGGGCAUCCAUUAGAAGACAGCGCAUCUGGCCGAAGCAUCUUCGACGUCCGUCAUGAAGUGAUGGAAGAACCAUUCUUCAACGACGCGCAGACCACCGAUCAAAUUGACGAGUACGAGGAGACGGCCGCUGACACGCCCAAUGGCUCCACGCGCUGCACAGGACCCGUUAUGUGCAACCAAACUACGAUUCACGCUUCGGGGAUGUUCACUUCCACCGACGAUUCCAUGCAGAGGUUUCUAAACUUUGACGACGAUGCUCAGCAGGCGGACUCCAACGACGAAGAAGACGAAUCUCUUAAAUCCAUUGACUUCGGGAGUUUUCUCGAUGCCGGAGGGGUUCAGAAGCGAUCCACGACAACUCCAUCUGCUCCGCCAGGUAACCGUGCACCUGGAAAGCUGGCAACGACGGAUUCAGCUCUGAAGGACCUUCUUUCUCGCUUCCCGCAGCCGCGUUCGGAUGACGUCACAGAGACGCAGCCGGCGCGAGAGGUGGCAUUCAAUGCAGACGACAUUGUAGAGACAGUGACCACAGUAGCUGACCGAAGUGCUGUUACCCUGGGGGAAUAUCGGGUGCCGUCCAUUCCAGUUGUCAAUACGCGACCUAGGUUCUUCGAAGAUGCUCUUAAGUACCGUGGACGAACGAAUCCACCGGCAAUAUUUCACCUGGAUAGGAUCCUGGUUGAACAAUAUCGCUAUCUGCGAAAUAUCACCGACACGAACUCCACAUCUAUAUAUUUAAGCACGUCUAUCGGACCUAAUUGAACGACUGAAUUAUCAAUGUUUUAUAUUUACAUAUAUAUGCACGCGCAUUCAGGAGCCGAGUGAAUGGCAAGGACUGAAA